CUUUUUUCAACCUCCUUGACCUUGAAACCGCACAACCCACAACAGUUGUUUGCUCUUUCCUUCCCCAUACAUACCAACGAUACGAUGACGACGACGAAAGAUUACCAUGAUGAGCUACCUACCAGAUCGGCUGGUGCCUCUGGCGCUGAAGACAGCGAAGGAUGUGGCUCUGACUACGUUGAUGACGAGAGCGGGCAUCUCGGCAACGCUACCGCUCUGGAAGAGAAGCCCGCCCAAAAGAUUGCUCAGAAAGAGAGCGACCAAGUGUGGUAUUUGCGCCUGGUCCUUCUCAUGGUGUUGGUCGUGGCCGCUUUGACCACCUCGUUGCUCUUGUACUUUCUCCUCAGGGCCGACGAACAAGAGGACUUUGAGAAACAGUAUUACUCCGAUGUCAACAAGAUUCUGGAAGGCAUUGCCAGCAGCAUCGACAACUCCUUGGGAGCUAUUGAUGCCUAUGUGUCCAAAAUGGUAGCACAACAAAGCGUGACCAACUCCAGCUUUCCGUUUGUCACCGUUCCGGGAUUCGGUGUUCAAGCAGCCAAGCUCAUGAAAUUGAGCGGAGCCUAUCAGUUUGGCACUGCUCUCUUUGUGACCCCUGAACAAAGAGAUCCCUGGCAAAAGUAUGCCAGUGAAAACGAUCAGUGGGUGGAAGAGACCAUCCAAGUCCAAGACAAGAACGAAGAAUGGCUUAGUGCCACUUUGCGAAACUACAAUGCAAGCUAUGAACUCAUUGGAAUCACGGCAGAAAUGGAAUUGGGAGUGGCCGAUGAUCCAUUGCCUUACUCCAACAACACCUAUGCCGCACUCUGGCAGAAUGCACCUCUUUUGGAAGAACAAAGUUUUAUCCCCUACAACUACGAUGUGUGGAUCAGUGUCGACGCCGUCCCGGACAUUCUCGAGUCUAUCCAUUCCCAACGAGUCAUCAUUGCAAAGUCACCCAACAUUCUCAUGGACCCGGACGAUGCCGAGAUGGCAAUUUACAUUGAAGAGUUGGCAGAGAAGAAUAAGCACUUUGUAUCCCCAGAUCAAGAUCCCACGGAACCAAUCACCGCCAUUACGUAUCCCAUCAUUGACUCGUUUGAUUCCGUCCGCAUUGAUGUCAGUCCUGAAAACUUGAUCCAUAACACAGUGGUGGGAUUCUUGUUCUUUACCAUUUACUUUCGAGAGCUGUUCAUCAACAUUUUGCCAGACAACUCGAUUGGGCUGGUCGUCGUCGUCGAAGCGCCAGACUGUAAUGAGACCUUCACCUACCGCCUGGACGGGCCAGAAGCAAUAUACCUGGGUGGCGGUGAUCAUCACGACCCUUCCUACGACUAUCUGGAGCAAUCAGCACAAUUCGCCGAAAUGAUGGAAACGGCAAAAUCUCAAGGCAGCAGCUCGUACACUGGUCUGCCUUUGUCUGAUACGUACUGUGCCCGCAACGUUCGCAUCUAUCCGUCCAAGGCGACCGAGGACCCUCACACGACCAACAAACCGGUCAUCAUUGCUGUCUUGACAGCUCUAAUCUUUGUCUUUACUUCCCUCAUCUUUCUACUGUUCGACUGGCGUGUCCGGGUCCGCCAAACAAAAGUUAACAACCGGGCUGUGGCUUCCACCGCGAUUGUCACCUCGCUGUUUCCCGAACAAGUGGCUCAGCAGCUCUAUCAGGAACGCGAGGAAACCAUACAACACAAAAAGGCAAAGGAAACCAACCUGGAUUCAUUCCUUCAGGAAGACCACUAUCACGGCAGCACAGCAGUGAAGAGCUCCAAACCCAUUGCCAGUAGAUACGAUCACACGUCCAUCUUGUUCAUGGAUCUCUCUGGGUUUACUUUCUGGUCUGCACAACGGGGCCCGGAGGACGUGUUUCUCAUGCUCGAGACUUUCUACGGGGCCAUUGACGAGAUUGCGAAGAAAAGGGGCGUUUUCAAAGUUGAGACGAUUGGUGAUUGUUACGUCGCCGUCACAGGAAUCCCCGAUGCAAUGGAGGACCACGCUGCUACUUUGUGUAGAUUUGCUAGAGACAGUGUGAACAAGAUGAACGAGCUAAAGGUCCAACUAGCCGAAACCGUCGGGCCUGAUAUAUUGGAUCUUCAAUUUCGAGUUGGGAUCCACAGCGGCAGUUGCAUUGCUGGCGUUCUGCGUGGUGAGAAAGGUCGCUUUCAGCUCUUUGGAAAUACAAUGAAUUUUGCCGCCAGAAUGGAAUCCACGGGUGUCCCUGGUCGCAUUCACGUGAGCGAAGCUACCGCGGAAGAACUUCGAUCCAAAGGAAAGGGACAUUGGUUGGAGCCUCGAGAAGAUCUGGUCCACGCCAAGGGAUUGGGAGAGAUCCAAACCUACUUUGUUGACUUUAAGAAUGCCAAGAGCAUCGUGUCCUGCUCUGUUUCCAAUUGGAGCAAUGACCGCGAUCAAGAAGACCGCAAAGACUUAGAAGAUGAUGAUGGCGCGGAAAAACGAGUAUCAUGUUGAGCACUGUAGCCACCAACAAACUUGCCAAGGGGAUAAAUAGGAGGUUUCGUAGAAGUUGACAAAUUCCAAGUUCAAUAAUGCUGUUUGGUAGUUCCGGUCGAUUUCUCUGUUGGGGUGUCUCGAACGCUGUGGUCACACUUCAAAGUGCUGUCUGAUGCCGACGUGAUAGCAGCCCGAGAACAAACAAAGGCUGGAAGGGGCGGCUAUCUCUCGUUCCCUCCUUGAAAGAGCCAGCUCCGUUUUAUUUUAGCUCACGGUGUCAACCAACCCGCAAAAGCCAAUCCAAAAGGACUAGUUGCAGAUUAUAUCCAACCACCACGCCAAGACCGAGCGCCCACCAGGGCACCUCCGUGGCAAUCCUGGACAGGGACUGUCUUCCAUCCAAUACGGCUCCAAAGGGCAAAAAGGACGUGUCGUCAAAAAAGUCUUGCAAAGUUGCCCCGGGUGCAAAGACGGUUCCUACCGAUCCUUCUUCUCGGAUCACUCGAAGAUCUUGAGCGGCACAUCCCGCAAUGGCGUACAUGGCCAAUCCACCAAAGAAUAGGAAAUCUCUGGUUUGUCCACCCAUGCUCAUGGCAGUCGCCAAUCCCCACGGAACCACAGGGAGGAUCAGAGGAUGCCUGGUGAUACGUGUCAUUCCAGUUGCUUGCAGCUUUUGUGCAUCGUUACGAGCAAUCAAACUGCUAGCUUCGUUUUUCAUAUUGGAUUGGCCUUCGCCAACAAACACUGGGACCAAGGAUAACGGUGAUGGAUUGAAAAGUGAUGCAAUUGAAACGGCCCAGGAGGCCGUCGCAAUCCACACAAACCAUGUGGAAUCAUGGUUCAUCGGUGGUUGUUGCUGCAGCGAUUCCAAGUAGGCCAAGAAGGCUGAUCCCAGAGUGGCAAACGAAAUGGCAGUGUACCCCAAGCGAUACAACUGUCGCCCGGCAAUAUCGGUUGUGGGGAAAAUCUCUUGUCCUCCCGAUGCAUCUCCUGGCCAGAUAUCAGGAAGUCUCCAAUCGGUCCGAUUUACAAGACCCGCAGUUCCUGCCACGUUGCCACAGAUAUCAAUCAACUGCCUUCGUAUCGCCGACAUGCCAAUGUGGGAAGCGGAAAAGGCUGCUGUCCAAAUGCCAAUCUUUACAUCCACAGGUGUCAACUGCAGCAAGGGAGACAUCUGCCUCGGUAUUCCAUCGCUGCGUGCCAAGGAGGAUGGAACUGACUUUGGCGGAACGAAUCCAUUUGCAUUCCUGACAAGGAGCAGAGUCAAUAGAAGUAUCUGUAGAGGCAUCAUGGCGGCUGCAUUGAUGUGUUGUUUCUGCGACAGAGAUCUGGAUGCGGCUCGGGUCGCUGCAGAGGUCUUGAGCUCAAACAUCGAACAACGGCGACGACAAUGAGCCUUAAGGAUGGAGAUACUAACGGUUAUUACGUCUCCUGCAAGGUCCCGAAACGGGACUUAAAAGGUGUUAGUUUCACGCUUUUUGUUAGUUUCACCCUUUUGUUAGUUUCACGCUUUUGUUAGUUUCACGCUUUUUGGGUUAGUUUCACGCUUUU